CGGGAGUGGGACCGGGAGCGGCGGGUCCUGAGGGGCGGGAGCGGCUGCGGCGGGGCAGUACCGUGCGAAGGCAGGGGGCGGCAGCGGCAGCGGUAGAAUGUCGGCGGCGGGCGGUGGUCCCUGCGGUCCGGGCGCGGCCGGGCCGGCGCCGGGUGGCGGCGGCGUGUCCAUGUUCCGCUGGCUGGAGGUGCUGGAGAAGGAGUUCGACAAGGCGUUCGUGGACGUGGACCUGCUGCUGGGCGAGAUCGACCCCGACCAGGCCGACAUCACGUACGAGGGGCGGCAGAAGAUGACGAGCCUGAGCUCGUGUUUCGCGCAGCUCUGCCACAAGGCUCAGACCGUGUCCCAGAUCAACCACAAGCUGGAGGCACAGUUAGUUGAUCUGAAGUCUGAACUGACAGAAACGCAGGCGGAGAAAGCAGUGUUGGAAAAGGAAGUGCAUGAUCAGCUUUUGCAACUCCAUGCUGUUCAGCUUCAGCUACAUGCCAAGACUGGUCAGAAUGUUGAUUCUGGGGCUAUUAAGGCAAAACUGUCUGUCCUUUCUGUGGAUGAAAUGGAGAGAGAACUUGAAGCUAACAAGAAAGAAAAAGUGAAAGAAGCUCAGCUGGAAGCUGAGGUGAAGUUGCUGAGGAAGGAGAAUGAAGCCCUUCGUAGACACAUAGCAGUGCUCCAGGCUGAGGUUUAUGGAGCAAGACUAGCAGCCAAGUAUUUAGAUAAGGAGCUAGCUGGAAGGGUCCAGCAGAUUCAGUUACUGGGCCGAGAUAUGAAAGGACCCGCUCAUGACAAGCUGUGGAAUCAGCUUGAAGCAGAAAUACACCUUCACCGUCACAAAACUGUUAUUAGAGCGUGUCGAGGUCGGAAUGAUCUGAAACGACCAAUGCAAGCACCACCAGGUCAUGAUCCUGAUGCCUUAAAGAAGAGUCAAGGUGUUGGUCCGAUCAGAAAAGUUUUGCUAGUUAAAGAAGACCAUGAAGGCUUAGGAAUUUCAAUCACAGGUGGGAAGGAGCAUGGUGUUCCAAUACUGAUCUCCGAAAUCCAUCCUGGGCAACCUGCUGAUCGAUGUGGAGGACUGCAUGUUGGUGAUGCUAUUCUGGCAGUAAAUGGAGUUAAUCUAAGAGAUGCCAAACAUAAAGAAGCUGUAAAUAUUCUUUCCCAACAGAGAGGUGAAAUUGAAUUUGAAGUAGUGUAUGUUGCUCCAGAAGUUGAUUCGGAUGAUGAAAAUGUGGAAUAUGAGGAUGAGAGUGGACACCGUUAUCGUUUAUACCUUGAUGAACUGGAGGAAGGUGCAAAUUCAGGUUCUAAUAGGAAAGAUGCAAAUGUGGAUGUCAAACCUUCACAAGUGUUUGAUAAGAAGCCAAAUAUUGAUGGACAUGAGAAUGGAGACCUGGGGAAUUCAGUUGAAGGUUCAUUAGAAGACACUGCACCCAAAUUAGCUCAUUCUGCUGAGUCUUUAUCCUAAAAACAAUCAAUCAAACAAAAAAAUCAACUGGACAAAUCCCAUCUUUGGGAGCAAUUGAUAAUCAAUACUGACUGCUUAAAGUUGCAUAUACUAGAGUAGGUUGUAAAAGGAUGAUUAAACGUCAAGAGAACUGUAUUACUGUUGCCUGGAAAAAAGGCGGUUACCUCAGGGCUUCAUUGUGAGCAAUUCUAAAUGUGGAAAACUGUCUUUUGCGUGACACACAGUAGUUACCUAACACAUGGCAUGUGAAAUGGAUUCCUUUUAAUAAUAAAAGAGUAAUCCACCAAAGUGUGGGAUUUCUAAAAUUAAUAACCUCAAUACACUCCACUUUUAGUCUCAUUGAUUGUCCCUAAGGAAGUAGAAUAGUAUGUGGCCAGCUUCAUUUUGACCCUUUGAUGUUUUAAAGGGACAACUGAUGUUAAGUUUGGUGCUUAAACCGUAGAAGGAUGAUGGGGGCAGAUCAGAGCUUUUAUUGGAGCAAAGACUAUCAAAACCCAAAUAGGUAGUGGGUUACUUGCUAAUCAUGAUCUUUCAGCCCAUGAUAAUUUUAUGAGUGAGAUUUUUGGAAUUGUUGUUUUAAUUUAAAUUCACCACCAUAUUACAGGGUUCUAAAGGUGAAAUUAGUUUAAAAAUUACUCACAAUUAUGUGGGCCCUUUGGUAUUUUUUUUCUGAGCAUCGUCAAUGUAGUGUUUGGUUUUGAAUGGAUAUGGUUACUGCUAAUGGAGUUGGUCAUUAUUAGCUUUACCUUAUGAAAUGCUCAGUGCUUUUGAUGGGUACUGAACAUAUUAAUUCCACAUUAAAAUAAUCCUUAAAGAAGUGGAAGUUGAGUGCACAGUACUUUACAGAAGGUGCUCAGAAUGAUACUGUGUCUGGCCCUAUCCGUGUCCUAUUAACUUAAAAUUGUCUUACUGUUGAAACAAAAUGUUACUGCCUUUGUGAGAGCAGCAUAUCUUAAAAUUGUUUUUGAUUGGUGUACAUCUAAAGGCCCAUGACAGGGCUGCAGACAGCAAUGUUGAGGACAGUGUCUUGACCAGUUUCUCAUACUCCAUUUGUAGAUCUGUUGGUGAAGUGCAGAACACUCCACAAACAAGCUCUACAUUGUCAACGCACUUAUUAUUUCAGCAUGCAGUGCUGUGUUUCCUGCCCAUUUCUCUGUGGGCUGUUGAACUGUAAUGUGAAAAGAUUUUGUACAUUGAAAGAGGAACUAACGUGAAAAGACAUCUUUGCAAGUGUUACUGUGUAGGAUGUACAUACAUAAGAAAAAAACUCAAAGGCCUUUAGAGUAACAUCAACUAAUCUUAUGUUCUAAAUUGUGAUGUAGAACACAGUUACUUUGUCUCUCCUAGGAGCACUAUAUAUAUAUAUAUGUUUAUAGAAAAAGCCUAAAAAUGUAUAUACUUUAUUAAAAGAUUUUGCUAUUUAUAAAUCCCUUAACUUCGCUAUUUACACGAUAGUUUUGUGUGUGUAUACGUGCGUGCAUCAUUUCCACUUACUCAGUGGAAUAACAUUAUUUGGUUCAUUUUUUAUAAUAGUCUUUGUCAUACAGCAUACUGUUGAAGGUUUUUAAAAUAGUCAAGGCUGUACAGUUUUCACUGAACAGAAACUAGUAUUUAAAAAUAAAGUUGUGUGAAGAAGAAACAGGUCCCCAGGCAUGUUUCUUUUUUUGAAGCUUCAAAAACUUGAGGACAUGUUGGCUGUGUGUUAGCAGAUGAAUCCACUGCCAGAACUUUGCAUUCAAAUUUGUGUUUUUCCCACAGCUACUCAAGCAGAGUGCAUUCUGAAACUGUAUGUAGCCUGGAACACUCAAUGUCCUCUCUGUCAGGAGGGAUAGUUCAAAGCUAAGUAGUGGUCAUUUUGUCCUUGAAAAUCAUGGCUUUAUGGAAUCUUGCUGCAAUUCUUAGAAAUUAGGCUUGUCCAACCAGUCGUGUAACUUUUUAAAAAGGCAGUAAGUUUGCCUGUACGGUUUCCUUUUAUUUGAGGGAAAAGUGAAAUUUUUAAUUUAUUUGUUCUUCCUUACUUCUUGGCACACCUGUUUUCUGUUUAAUGCAUUUGAUCAGUUUUAGCCUGAAGUGGGGGAAUGUUUCUAGAGUUAUUUUCUUAACAUUUCUUGUCCACCAGUUUUACAUGAUGUCGUAUUCUCUUCUUCAUCUGCUAGACCCUUUUCUCUGCUCUUACCUUGUCUGUUUUUGACUAUAUAUGAGAACUAAAGGAACAUGACUAGGAGUAGAUGAAUCAGGUAGCAAUAAAUUAUCAUCAGAUUUCCUUCCCGACAGUUUUUAUAAUUUUGUUUAGAAAGUCUUGAAUGGGAGGAUUUUGCUCAGACGCUACAGUCUGUGUCCAUGUACUCUGUACUUCCUACCAGCUGAUUUAACAUGCUGGUUUAUUUGUAAUCAUACUGAGAUGCUUAGAGAUUAAUAUUUAAACUGAGAAAAGUUUUGCAAGUUGAGAUUUCCAGAUUCAGUAGACAAAUACGUGUUCUUCCCUUUGUCAGUAACUGGAAGACUCAGUCCUGCUGAUUCCCAGGGGUUGAAUGAGUUAGACUUGGAAGAAUUCCUGAGGGAAGUCAGUGUUCAGACAUCAUUUUUAUUUUUAAAGUGUAAAAUGGUUUACUUGUGUGUGCAUAUAUAUUUUUACUUAAAAAAAUAAAAUAAUAUUCUAAAGAUAAUUUUGCAAUUCUUUUUUUUAGUAGAUAAUUCCUUGCCUAUUAAAAUUUUCAGCGAGACAAUUGUGUUCUAAGCUAAAGGUGGACAGUGUUGGCAUCUGGGACCAUUGUUAAUUAAAAGCAUGUAAGAUAAGGAAAAUGCUUUAUGGCAAUAAAUUUAAGUCUGAUCAAAGGCUGUACAUAGUAUUUCCUUUGUAGAAGUGUGUUCUUGGCAGUGAAGAUAGUUUGUAUCUGUCUCACUAUAUUUUAAUCCACAGUUGUAUCAGACAAGAUUAAGGUAUUUAUUGUAUUUGUCCAAACUUAAUUACAUCAUGGGUUACUCUCAUUUCUGUAACAGAUACAACAUUUUGCAAAAAAUGUAUACAUCUCGUUGAGCUGAAUAUAAUAUAUAUUUUUAUUAGCCUGCAAAUAAAUAUACUCUUCUGCA